UGUUAGCCACUUUUUAUCUAGUUUGUUCAACUUAAGACUGAAUUUAAUGCUUAUUAACUCUUUACCAGUUUUCUUGCUACUGAUAAAGAAAGGCAUAGAAACACUAGUUGUAAUAGAUUUCCUGUCAGAACCCACAAAAGAAAAUCCAGCAACUAUUUAUUUCUCUUCCAUCUUCAGGACAACCCCUUGAACAAGAACAAGACUCUCCAGCAGCAACCGUUGAAAGCUUUAACGUCACAUCUGUAAAUGGCACCAGUCUUGAAUACACAAACUGUCACUGGGCUUCCCAUUUGUCUUUCUGGGUUUACGCAUCCUGUUGCUCUCUCCAAAGAGAUGGCAGAUCAUGAUCGCAGAAGAAAAGGGUUCAAGAAGUUAAGAUUUGGAGCAAGCAAAGACUUGCAUGCAGUUGCAGAUCAAGAGACAGUAAGAAGGCUAUUAUCCCAAAGAACGAUGAAGAAGAGGAGGAGAGAGUUUCUCAAGAGAUCAGAAGUGGAGAGGAAGUAGCUGGAGAUCUGGCAGCUGCUGAUGUUGUUCUUGUACUUCAUGAUCUAUCAUGCAUCUCUUUGUCUUCUUGCACAGCUAAGGCUGCCUAAGAAUGUUCUCUACUUUUUAGGUCAUUAUUUAGGGGUUCUUUUUUUUUUUUUUUUUUUUUCCUUUUUUCAGAUGUAAUCUUCUUUUAGAUUAAUUUAGGUAGAUUCUUCUUGCUUCUGUAUUUUCCCUUGUUAAUCUGAGAUCAAAGUCUGUUGAACUUUAGUUGC